AUGGGUUUGCCUGGACCAAUACAUGAUUUUCUUUUAGUUUUUCUGGGAUCCGGUCUUCUAGUAGGAGGUCUGGGAGUGGUAUUCCUUCCCAACCCAAUAUUUUCAGCCUUUUCCUUAGGAUUUGUUCUUGUUUGUAUAUCUUUAUUGUAUAUUCUAUCAAAUUCCCAUUUUGUAGCUGCUGCACAACUCCUUAUUUAUGUGGGGGCCAUAAAUGUUUUAAUCAUAUUUGCUGUGAUGUUCAUGAAUGAUUCAGAAUAUUCCACAGAUUUCAAUCUGUGGACCGUUGGGAAUGGGAUUACUUCGUUGGUUUGUACAACUAUUCUUUUUUUAUUAAUGUCUACUAUUCUCGAUACGUCAUGGUACGGGGUUAUUUGGACUACAAAAUUAAACCAGAUUCUAGAGCAAGAUUUAAUAAGUAAUAGUCAACAAAUAGGAAUUCAUUUAUCAACAGAUUUUUUUCUGCCAUUUGAACUCAUUUCAAUAAUUCUUUUAGUUGCUUUGAUAGGUGCAAUUUCUGUGGCUCGUCAAUAA